CUUUACUUUUAGCACCUGCUGGCUUGGAGUGGUGUCGCGCAAGCAAUCAGAAGGUGGGUGGAUGUGCCAAGAGCCUGACCUCCCCAUGGCUGCUGUCCCUCCCCCUACAACCCAUGACAGCCUGUCCUGAUAUAGAUGGACCUGGGACUGGUUUAAAAUGACAGUCUCAAGUUCUUUGAGGAAGAGAAGAGUAAUUCAAAGGAACAGCCAGACAAGCUUCCUUUCUCUGCCGGAAUAAUUAUCAGCCCCCUUCCCCAUGGCCCACCUGGGAGCCCAUUUUGCCUUUAGAUCCCGCUGGCAGAAGACCGAUGAUGAACUCUGUCGACAUAGCAUGUCCUUUAUCCUUCACAAGGCCAUUCGCAAUGACUUCUUUCAGAGCUAUCUCUACCUGCUGGAAAAAAUUCCCCUGGUAAAACUGUACGCUUUAACAAGCCAAGUUAUUGAUGGUGAGAUGCAGUUCUAUGCCAGAGCCAAACUUUUCUACCAAGAGGUACCGGCCACAGAAGAAGGCAUGAUGGGAAAUUUUAUUGAACUAUCCAACCCAGAUAUCCAGGCUUCUCGUGAAUUUCUUAGGAAAUUUGUUGGGGGGCCGGGGAGAGCGGGCACUGGCUGCGCCUUGGACUGCGGCUCUGGAAUAGGCAGGGUCAGCAAGCACGUCCUGUUGCCUGUUUUCAGCAGCGUUGAGCUGGUGGACAUGAUGGAGUCUUUCCUCCUGGAAGCCCAGAGCUACUUGCAGGUCAACGAGGACAAAGUGGAAAGUUACCACUGCUACAGCCUGCAGGAAUUCACGCCUCACUUAGCAAGAUAUGACGUCAUCUGGAUUCAGUGGGUCUCAGGAUACCUGACGGAUAAGGACCUCCUUGCAUUUCUUUCCCGCUGCCGAGACGGCCUGAAAGAAAAUGGUGUUAUCAUCCUGAAGGACAAUGUAGCACGGGAGGGCUGUAUCUUCGACCUGUCUGACAGCAGUGUGACUCGGAACAUGGACAUCCUCCGAAGCUUGAUCAGGAAGAGUGGGCUGGUGGUUCUGGGCCAGGAGAAGCAAGAGGGCUUCCCUGAGCAGUGUGUUCCUGUGUGGAUGUUUGCCCUGCAUAGUGCUAGACGGUCCUGACCUGCAGUGGGAAUGAACAGUCAGACCAGACACUGGGGCUUUGCUUCAGGACUGGGUCUAUCUCGAGGUGCCCCAUGUGGUGCAGACAGAGAUGGAAAGAAGGGACACGGUGUGUGUCUAGAACGAUUGAUGAUGUACAAACUAUUGCUAAUAUGAUGCACACGUUGUGAUGUGUGCACAUUUUCUGAGAGAUGGAAUAAAACACCAAGAAAGUGCUUCAGGGAACUUCCUGCUUACACCUGAACUAUGCAAGUGUGUAUGAAGACCCGAAAAAGAAACAACACUCACAAAGGACAGACUGUGUUGGGCACUGAUGAUUUGUGUUACACAGCUGAUCACAGAAUGAGGUAGAAAGCCCAGACCCCUUUCCCUGGCCCUGUUUCAGCUACACUAUACUUUCUUCCUCUUUGCUCUUAUAGCUCCUCUUGAACAAACAUCUCCACCUAAUUAAGAAGGUACUAGUCAAAUAAUCUUAUGAAAACAAGUCUAUUAAUUUUGUCUUAGGCCUUCUUUUGGCAGAAAAAGUAUAUGGUUUCACUUUCUAUUUUUGGGACAGUUUUACUACCAAUGAUGUAAUACGGAUGUAAUCUGAUAACAGAUGCUUGCAUUUCCAUGAUGAGGAAGUGUCUCCUUUCAGGAGAAAUGUUAGACACUGGAGUCUCACCCCAACCAUAUAAGUAAAUGUUGUCAAUGAUCUAAAUUUAGCCACUGGCUUUCAACAGUGCCUGCUUCUUUGCAUCUGCUCCUCAUUCCUUGAAUGAAAUGAAUGUACCUUGAAAGAGAAUCAUCAAAAGAAAUAGGCAAAUAAAAUGAAGCUUAAAUACUGACUUGGUUGGGUUCAGAUAAAGAUUUAGUUUAAAUAAAAUAAUCUAAAAAUCUUUCAAAAGGGAUAAUGAAAUUCAGUUUUUAUUAGCACAAUGCUUAGAUAUGAUUAUUUUGUUUUUAAAACACCUCAGCACCUUUGUGUUGCAGCAGAGUGAUGUGUUUUGACCCUGAAAUUUAAAGAACCAAUUUAAAAAAAGAAAAUCUACUGCAUGGUUAUAUACCACCACAAAAAAAUCAUAUAUUUAAAGUCAUAGCUCUAGAAUAAUAGAGAAUAGUUAUAAUGUAUUAUUAUAAAUGCAGCAUUACUGUCAUAGUUGUAUUUUUAUGCCCAGAAAAUUACAUCACUUCUGUUCUUGGGACCUUGGCCAUUCAUGCACCUGGAAUGAUGUAGCAGAAAGUGAGUCAGACAAGUCAGAGGACAGAAUGAAAUCAAAGAGUAAACUGUUGGAGACACUAAUAGACAGAGUAUGACAGAAGCUGGACUUACUCUUGGUGUGUCUCUGAACAAAUUAGAAUCUUCUUUGGAAGUUGAUUUAGGAAAAAUGCUGUGGCAUUUCAUUUGUGUUUUAAUAAAUAAAGUUUGCCUGAGGAUCAGAAAAGUGAAACAGCCACACUGGCCAGCUUCAUAGACCA